AUGUCUAAACCAAUGGAUCACGUCAAACGUCCGAUGAACGCCUUCAUGGUCUGGUCCAGAGCCCAGCGCAGGAAGAUGGCCCAGGAGAACCCCAAGAUGCACAACUCCGAGAUCAGCAAGCGGCUGGGAGCGGAGUGGAAACUUCUCACCGAGUCCGAGAAGAGGCCGUUCAUCGACGAAGCCAAGCGGCUGCGAGCCAUGCACAUGAAGGAGCACCCAGACUACAAAUACAGACCGAGACGGAAGCCCAAGACUCUGAUGAAGAAAGAUAAGUUCUCCUUCCCCAUGCCCUACAACCUGGGGGAGCACGACGCGCUCAAAGUCAGCGGGCUGUCCAUGGGAGCGCUGUCCGACUCCGUCAUGGGACACGCGGACAAGGCGGCGGCGGCUGCUGCGGCCGCGGCGGCCCGGGUCUUCUUCAACCCGUCCAUGUCCGCGAACCCCUACUCCUUUUUCGACCUGGGAUCCAAGAUGUCAGAGCUUUCCCACCAAUCUUCCUUUCCGUACGGCUCCCAUCUGGGCUACCCGCCGGGAAGCGCCGCUGCGUUCGCCGGGAGUGUAGGCGGCGGGACGCACGCACACACCCACUCGCACCCGUCCCCUGGGAACCCGGGCUACAUGAUCCCCUGUAACUGUUCGGCCUGGCCCUCAGCGGGACUCCAGCCGCCCCUAGCGUACAUUCUGCUCCCCGGGAUGGGGAAACCUCAACUUGAACCGUACUCUGCGUACGCUGCGGCGUUAUGA